AUGGCAAAACGAAAUGCACCCGAAGAAACUCCUGCAACUAGUUCCGCGAGUACCAGCGGUUCGACAACGGUGGCAGGAUCCUCCUCGCGCAGUGAAAGAUCAAAGAACGCUUCCCAUUCGCACUCGCAUCAUCAUCACCAUAGUCAACAACCACAUUCUACGAUUAGCAGCAACAUACGCAAGGAGCUUGCCAGCAUCGAAAAUCCAUACCAAGCUCAGACUGCUAAUGUAAGCAAGAAACCAACCAAAAGGAAUGCUAGCACGGAGAGUCUCGAUUUGUUUGAAAAAUGUCCGCCGGAGGAGUGCAGUUGCGGUCUGUACUCGCCAAGUUCGAUCAAUGGUAGCAAGAACUGUCGCAAAUGCAGCACUUGUGACCGCGUUCCAGCAGGACAGAAGAAGCAAAAUUCUUCUAAGUUCAAAGAUGCCUCUACUAGUCCGAAAUCGGCCAGUCCGUUGAAAGCGAUAACGAAGGAGUGCAGCAGUCCAAAGUUGGAGGCCACUUCCGACUCGAAGUUUGACUUCAAUUACUCCCCGAAAACGGAGAGCCACUACAGGCGGCUGUCUUCGUUGAGCAUUAAUUCUACAACCAAACACGCGGCCACGAGCCCCAUGAAGCACGCGACGUCGCUAGCAUCUUCGGCAACAACUAGCCCUAAGAUGAGCCCCCAAAAGUUGACUCCGAUGCGAACAUUGGAUCAACGUACGCUUGAAAAAUCUAACUCUUUGGGGGAAAGCAAACCGCCCCGGCUGCUCCGCAACACCCGUAGUUUAUCUCCUCGCCCUCCUGUGCGGCAUCAGCAUUCAAUUAUGGUGUCGGAUGAAAAUGAUAUUGUGUCGGUGAAGUUGUCUCCCAACCAAGAGUUUGAUGAUGAAGUUUCGACCAAAGAAUGUGGCACCGAGAACGACAAAUCUGGCGCCGCUGAAAAUGCAAGCGAUUCGGUAACGCUCCAGCUGGGUUCAGCUCUUGACAGUAAGAGUGAGAGUGUGAAAAAUGUAAAUGCUAACAGCAACAGAAGUACCAGCUGCCUGGUGUAUAUUCCUUCGGAUCCCUGGACUAGAAUGUCGGCCAGCAAUUCUCCCCUGCCUGCAUCCAAGCAGCAGAAAUCCAAAACCCUCGAUAAUAGUGGGAAAUCAUACGGCAAACCAUGUUUGGAUUAUAUGAAAAAUUCUGAUCCGUGGGUGUGGCGUUCGAAUGUUAACAUCCCGGAAAGGAUUGCAAAGGGAACCAAAAAGCGGCAAGGUUUAUCGCACCAAACUAAAUCUCUCACCAGCACGGUUAGUAGGGACGAUUUUGAGGUUUGCAAGCCGCAACCGAAACUAUGCCAGCAACAGUCACUCGGUCGGUUUGAGAAAACCCUCACCAUACCAGGUGUGGAAGGGAAUUUCGACGCGCGCAAAAAAAUCACUAGACCAAAAUUGCAACGUUCCAAGUCACCCUCUUUUUACCAAGAUUUAUUCCAGCAGCCACCGUGCGGUGGCACGGAUUCGAACAAAUCGCCACAGACCGGUUCACUUUCGCUCGCCAAAAAUAAAUCAGUUUCCUCGCUAAAGAUGGAUAAGAACGCUUCAAACUCUAACCUAAAUGGUCACGGCACAAACAGCAAUAACAGCACUAGUAAUACUACUAGCAACAGCGGUAGCUAUAGCAGCUAUAAUGGUAAUGGUUCUCCGACCACGAAGAAGCAACCUUCACCGAAACUCAGUAUCCUGUCGGCUGUGGAGUCUGCGUCACCAUCAAAACAGCCGCCGGCUGCGAAUCAGCUAGAGUCGACGAAAACGUCGCUUAAUCUACUUAAUCCCAACUUGUUGCAACCUCGACAUAGCUUCUCGACACCUUCCCAAAAGGACGACGAACUGCAGCUAAACAUUCGACGACUGAGCGAGCAAAUGAACAAGUACACUCACUCGUCCAACUUUCCAUCACCUCCAUCGUUCCUAAACGACACAAUUCUUCAACAGCAGGCUGCAUCGGGAAAGAAAGUAGGCGCCAGCGGUAGCAGUCUGACAGUAGCGACAAGUGUUGGAAGCACUGGAGGACUGAGCGAGUUGUCCCAGCGCAAAACGGCUUCUCACUCCAACAUCAACGAACCAAUCCUGGAGACACGUUGCUAAAAAUCGAAAAGGUGCUGGCGAGCGGCAUGCCUGUAGUUAGCAAGAAUUAAUUCGUAGCGAUAACGCGAAAUCUAUAGCCGUUGGGAAUGUGCUAGCCGUUUCCCCGUAACGAAAGGAUUUGAACGAAUUGACGAUUAGCGCAAUUUUACGAAUUAGCCCAGAACGAACCACAAAACCGGUGAGAUUUUAGUGGGGAGCGCAAAAGAAGUUAGUUGAAAUUUUGAUUGUUGCAUAGCACAAGAAGAAGUAAGUAAACAAUCAAUUGAUAACAUGGCAUCUGGUCGGCAAUGGGUCUGAAAAAAAACGCACCAAGCGAUGAUUGAGGAUUCCUUUUCCUCGUACUGCCAGCUUGUGCAGUUACGAUUUAUCCGUAGGUGAAGGACAAGGGGUACUAUUAAGAUAGCUUAGAUUUUUAGAUCCUAAGACUCUGACGAAGGAGAACCAAACUGAAAAUAGCUAAAUUUAAAAGGAUUGUGUGCGAUCAUCCGUAGGGUAAAUGUAAAUGCAAGUGAAUUGUACGGAAACAAACAAAAAUGGCUUGUCAGUGCGUCAAGCCACAUCUGAUUCGCAAACGUUUUGUUGCGUUAGUGAAAAUUAUUACUAAAAUUUUGGUGCCAACAUUCCUGGCACUGCGAAUGCGAUAAAUUUACGAACGAAGAAUAGCGUAUGUGCGCAGAGAAUUUCACCGCGAUAACACGUGCAGGAGGUGUGCAAUAUCGGAUUAUCCCAUUAGCAUAGAAAAAAAAAACCCAUAUACAUGUUGGUUUUGAUUAACAUAGCAUAUUCUAAAAUUGUGUCCUGCGAGUGGAACACAAGAUGAAUACAUAUGAAGUGUGGCUGAUGCAGUAUUAAAAUAAUAUCUAGAAAAUACCGCUUUCGUUGGCAGACAUUUAGUUUUUUGUAGUUACUUCGCGAACGAUGCACCGUUUUAGCGAAUUUGCGUUGUGCAAAUAUUUAGUUUGCAGUUGUUAAAAAUUGCGUAUUGCCGCAAUCCACAUAUUGAUCGUCAUCACAAUUGCCCUCGAAAUUUACAAAAAAACGUAGGACACAAAAUUGAGCAACCAUUACAGUAAAAAUUGAAAACAUUACUUUACAAUAUGAAUGAUCUUUAAUUCUCAAGUAACGCAAACAGCAUAUAGAGUUUAUAGUGUUACAGUAUCGACAAAUCUGCUAUGACUGUCGAUAAUCGUGAUAAGAAUCUGGCGUCAAUAACGGGCGUGCAUGCUUUAACAUUGAAAGACAUCCCCACUGCCAACAUAAGCGAGUUUGUGUUCCGUUACAAUUGUCAGGAUAUUUCAAAUUACCAUCUCAUGCGUACACUCGCAGGGGGUAUAUUACAUUGACUGGAAAAUUGGUAUGGUUACUGUAAAUAUGUUUUCCUAUAUACACCGUGCACUACUCUUUCUAUCAUGUGACCUGCUGUAUCAGCGGACGUUUCUUUUCGUAAAAUCUGUCAUACACUGUGGUUCUUAUAUACGGACGGAGGGGUGAAUCUUGCAGUUUAGCUCGUAAUAACUGAUCAAUAACUAGGAUAACGGACUGCAAGAAAAGGGUCGAAAAUGUGGAAUGGAUUAGUGGUUAUGAUUGUGUUUAUCUCAAGUCCCUCAUCCCGGAUUGCUGUACCAAUUUUUUCAAUCUCGAACGGACGGUCUUAAGAUAUUGUACUACUUCAUGAUUGAUUACCCAAUAAAACUCGAAUCGAAAU